AUGGAUGAGCCGUGGUGGGAAGGGCGCGUCGCCUCGGACGUCCACUGCACCCUGCGUGAGAAGGAAUUGAAGCUGCCCGCCUUCCGAGCCUGCUCCCCGCUCCUGAAGAGCCGCCGGUUCUUCGUCAACAUCCUGACCCUGCUGAGCAGCCAUUGCCAGCUCUGCCCUGUGGCCCGGCACCUGGCUGUCUACCUGCUGGACCACUUCAUGGAUCGCUAUAACAUCACCACCUCCAAGCAGCUCUACACCGUGGCCAUCUCCUGCCUCCUGCUCGCAAGUAAGUUCGAGGAUAGGGAAGACCAUGUACCCAAGUUGGAGCAGAUAAACAGCACAAGGAUCUUGAGCAGCCAGAACUUCACCCUCACCAAGAAGGAACUUCUGAACAUGGAGCUGCUGCUCCUGGAGUCCUUCAGCUGGAAUCUCUGCCUACCCACACCCGCCCACUUCCUGGACUACUACCUCUUGGCCUCCGUCAGCCAGAAGGACCACCACUGCCACACCUGGCCCACCACCUGCCCCCGCAAGACCAAAGAGUGUCUCAAGGAGUACGCCCAUUACUUCCUAGAGGUCACCCUGCAAGAUCACGUAUUCUACAAAUUCCAGCCUUCUGUGGUUGCUGCAGCCUGUGUUGGGGCCUCCAGGAUUUGCCUGCAGCUUUCUCCCUACUGGACCAGAGACCUACAGAGGAUCUCAAACUACUCCCUGGAGCAUCUCAGCACAUGUAUCGAAAUCCUGCUGGUAGCAUAUGACAAUGUCCUCAAGGACGCUGUCACAGUCAAGAGCCAGGCCUUGGCGAUGGUGCCCAGCACGCCCCCAGCCCCCACCCAAGUGCUGUUUCAGCCACCCACCUACCCCAGCCUCAGCCAGCCAACGACAACCCUGGCCCAGUUCCAGACUCCUGUGCAGGACCUAUGUUUGGCCUAUCGGGACUCUCUGCAGGUCCACCGCUCAGGGAGCCUGCUCUCAGGGGGCACGGGCUCAUCCCUCCACUCCCCGUACCCUAUUCUCCAGACUUUGGACAUGUGUCCCGUGCCCAUCCCUGCAUCCCUUAGCAUGCAGAUGGCCAUUGCAGCUGAGCCCAGGCACUGCCUGGCCACCACCUACGGAAGCAGCUACUUCAGUGGGACCCACAUGUUCCCAACAGGCUGUUUUGACAGAUAG